AUGACUUUGAUGGUCAAGCAGAUAUGGCCAGUCACUGUUGACGAUUCUGGAAAAAUCACACUAUCUCCUGUGGUUAUACUUCCAGGUUACAUGGAUGCAAAAAAAUCAGAUUCCAAAGCCUCGAUUCUAAAAGGUGGAGGCACUGCGAAGUCUAAGAGUAGCGAAGAAGAACACAAGGAAGCACUAAAGAAGGAAAUCUCUUUCCCAGAUACUGAUGAGUCCUUGGUGCACAAAACAGAGUCAGAGAGAAAAGCAAAAGACACUGAUGUGGACACAGGGAAGAUAGACAUGGAGGCCGAGGUAAAGGAGAGUGUCAUGGGAAUGCCAAAAAGAAAGGAAGCCCAGAUAAAGAAAAGAGAGGCCGGAAUACCACAAGGACAAGCAUCCCAAGUAAAGGAGAGCGAGGUGGAAACACCACAAGGCCAAGCAUCUCAAGUGGAGGAGAGUGAGGCCAAAACACCAAAAGCACCACCAGCGAAAGUAAAGAAGGGUGAGGCCAAAACGCCAAAAGGACCAAAAGCGGAAGUAAAGAGUGCGGGUGGGACGCCACCCGGGCAAAAACCUCACGAAGAAACUGAGGGUUCUGCAGCCAAAGGAAACCAAGUCAAAGAAAAGGAAGAUGAAGCAAAGCCCAAAGAUACCAAAAAAACUGAUGCCCAAAACAAGAAAAGUGGUGAAGGGAAGGACCAAGUUAAAGGAAAGGAAGAACCGCCAGUCAAGCGUAAAAAAGCAAAAGCAAAAAAGGACGCAGGCAACUAAACGAAGGAAGUGCCAGGAGAGGAGGGAGAGUGAAGAUAACUGAAAGGAAAGCCCGGAAGACAACCGAUCAUAUGGAUCCUAUCGCCCAGACCCAGGUCCUGCCCCGCCAUUGCUUAAACGGAUUGCAGUUAUAGAAUGCUUACCGUCUAUCUAUCUGCAGAGUUUUACUCUUUAAAAGUUUCACCAUUUUUACACCUCUCAGCCACAAACUUGUUUCCAACCUUUUAUAAUUUGAUACUUAUAUUACUUAGUCAAGGAAGCCUGGAUACUUUCUGAAA